AUGAAGUUCCUCACACUGACAUGCUUGAUCAGUGCCGUCACGGCUGCCAAAGCACAGAACUACCGAUUUAUUGGUAGAGUCAAUCCCGCUACUAAGCAACUCACAUGGCCAAGCACGGGUGUCGCCUUUACUUUCACUGGAACUCAAGCAUCUAUCAACAUCAAGGAUAUCACCGGAACCUCGAGUGCCGACUUGAUCAUUGAUGGCAAGGCCCCAAUUAUCGUUUCCAACGUCAAGGGUAGUUCGAUCUCGACUCCCAAACUGACAAAGGGCACUCACACUGUUGAGCUACGCAAGCGGUCUGAGACCAACUUCGGUACCUUCGUGAUCAACGAUGUUACCACAGAUGGUACAUUGGUAAACACAGAGCCGCCAAAGCGCAAGAUUGAGAUUAUUGGUGACUCUAUCACUGUUGGCUACGGUCUCGAUGGCGUUCUGCCUUGCGUCGAUACUGCUGCCCUGCAGAACAAUGGCAAGACAUACGGCGCCGUGGCUGCUCGCGCUCUCAACGCAGACUACAGCGUUGUAGCUUGGAGUGGAAAGGGUCUUAUUCGCAACUACGCCUCUAACCCUCCCGAUACCUCGCCCCCAAUGCCCCAGCUCUACACCCGAUAUGGCGCCAACGACAAGGACAACAGCUUCACGUUCCCCAAGUCCUGGGUACCCGAUGCUGUGGUUAUCAACCUCGGCACAAACGACUUCAGUUAUCUCAAUGUUCGCGACCCGGUCAACCCUACAGACCUUACCACCGCGCUGGUCAAGUUAGUCAAGAGCAUUCAGUCUCACUACACCAAGGCGCAGUUCUUCUUUGUUUCUUCGCCUUUGCUAAACGAUGAUUAUCCUAGCCGGGCUGAUGCGCAGAAGAGCACUCAUGUUAAGGUGCUGAAAGAUGCGAUGAAGCAGCUUAGUGGUGUCAAGACUCAUUUUGUGGACUGGCCGAGUCAGGGUGCGGAGGCUGGUUGCGACUAUCAUCCCAACGCUGCUACCCAGGCGAUUGGUGGAAAGUUGCUUGCUGAUUCUAUCAAAGCGGCACUGAACUGGUAG